UGAAGACCAGGACUAAACACUCUGAUCUGCUGUUCUGCAGCAGAAAUCAGGAGUCAUUAGCAACAGUACAGCUUCUGUUUUUAAGACCAUAAAUCUCCCUCAUUACUGCCAGACUGUAACAUAGGAGGUACCUGUAAUAUUUAGCAACACAGGGUGAAUUCUCAGCGGAGUCAGAAAGACAAACAGAGGUGAAUGACGGAGCUGCUGUUUCACUAUAAGGCAGAAAGUGUGAAGUGAAGACUUCAGUUUCCCUUCAGGGGCGUGUUAGAGCAAAGGAGGUGAAGAAACCUGUUGAGUUCAUGUUGCAGAGGGUGGAGAAGGAGAGCUGGCAACAGGACGAAUCAGGAGAGAAGAGUGGAGGGAAAAAAUACAACAGAAAAGUGUCCACAGCUGAAGAGGAGAAAGUGGGCUGUUGAGAGCCGGUGGUGCAGAGCGGCGGCAGGAGCGACUGUGGGCGGGCAGAGAGGAAGUGUGGUCGACAGGCGAGGAAUUUAAAGUCCCAUUGUUCUGGAAGAGCAGAGGCAGACAGAGCUGAGGAGCCGAGCCACUGACACUUGUUGGACAACAUGGACGUGAGCUCAGCCAUGGAGAAGAUGUCUGUAAAGCAGAGUGCAGGAGGUGCAGCGGUGUGUCUCGUAUGUGAGGAGAGCUGCUCUGGAUUCCAGCCACAUUCUUGGAGGAAAGCCUGUAUUGCCUGCGGCUGCAGCACAGUUGACCACACUCCAGGAAGUGACGUCGAAGAUGACCAGCGCAUGGGACGCCUGCUCACAGACUCAUCCUGCUCCCAUUUGACAGCGAAGGUUAAAGGAUGCGGUGGCCUUCGCACAUACAAGAGGAACCGUAUGAUCGUGACCAAUCCGGUGGUGUCACGUAAGGACCCGACCUUCAACACCACAACAUAUGACUGGGCGCCGGCCGGCCUCAACCAGACACUGGCCAUGCAGUACAUGGAGCUGAUCCCGGAGAGUAAACGUCCUGUCUCGGGGACAGACGGAGCAUUGGAGCGACGCAGGCAGCUCUUCUGUCAGCUCCCUGUCUACGAUCAAGACCCUAUGAAGUGUCAGAGCCUGGCCAAUGAGGAGGAGAUCACCUCCAUGCUGCUGUUUGUGAAGCACUACAAACAGGAGGUGCUGGGAGUCGGGGAGGUGGCCUUACCUGGUGAGGGUGGAGCUCUGAGGGAAGCAGCUAUUCAGAGGAGAGCGAAGGAAGCCAAGGACCGCAGCAACAUCGACAAGAAGGAUCACAACCACAGCUCCACCAAUUGCAGCUCCACCGCCGCUGCUGGUUCCACUAAUGGAACAAAUGACAGCAAUGUGACUGAAUAU